UGCCCACGACUUCUUUUAAACAUUCAGUCUGCAGUUGAUAGAGUCUGCCUUACCGUUAUACGGCGCACUCGGCCACAAACACCUGACAUCAUACGCACGACAAAUGGUGAUUGUGUGCCUGAUUGCUUUCUCGAAAGAACUAUCGCCAACUCUCUCUCCGUCAGUCCUCACCGCGACACGCCUGUGCCUCAUCAAAUUGACCCCGGCUGUACUUCCCCUAACGAACGGACCUCUGAGAUCACUUCCUCCAGCUCCUCUCCCGGAACCCUUUCUGGUGACAUAAGUAGCAAUCGCCUUCUGCUAAGCUUGGCCCCUGGUGACUCAAGCAGUUCAUCAUCAUCUACAACCGCCACAACAACGACUAGUGAUGAUGUCAACAUUACGCCGGACCGACGAAUGGGAGAAGAGGUUCUUGAUCGCUCUGGGGCACAAGACACCUUAGUCUCUUCGUUGGGAAACAAUAAUAUCACAACACCAACUUUUCGUCCUUGCAGAGAGCAGGUUCUCGCUGUCCUAAGAACCAUGUUUCCUAAGUGA